AUGUCUAGAGCUAAUGAGAAGCUGCCAGAUAUGCUGGCGGACGCAGUCCUAAAGGAAUCUGUGCCGAUUCCCGAAGACUUUGUCAAAGUGGAAGGUAUUGACUAUUCCAAACCUGAAGCAACUGACAUGAGGGCUACAGACCUGAUUGGAGCUAUGAAAAAUAUGGGGUUCCAAGCAAGCUCUUUGGGUCAAGCUUGUGAUAUUAUCAACGAUAUGAGAUCAUGGAGAGGCAAGCAUAUCGAUGAGUUGGAAGACCAUGAAAAAAAAGGUUCAUUUGACGACAAAGGUUAUCAAAAGACUACCAUUUUUAUGGGCUAUACAUCUAAUCUAAUUAGCUCUGGUCUACGUGAGACCUUGAGGUACUUAGUACAAAACAAAAUGGUCGAUGCGAUUGUUGCAAGUGCCGGUGGUAUCGAAGAGGAUUUAAUCAAAUGUCUAGCUCCAACUUUUCUUGGUGAGUUCUCUUUGAAAGGUGCAUCCUUACGUGAUCAAGGUUUAAAUCGUAUUGGUAACCUUCUGGUUCCAAAUGACAACUAUUGUAAGUUUGAAGAGUGGAUUGUUCCAAUAUUGGACAAGAUGCUGGAAGAACAAGAAGAAUAUGUUGCUAAACAUGGUUCUUCUUGUUUGGAUGCCAACACAGAUGUUGAAAGUCCUAUUUGGACACCUUCAAAGAUGAUUGAUCGCCUUGGUAAGGAAAUUAAUGAUGAGUCUUCUGUUCUGUACUGGGCUCAUAAGAACAAGAUUCCUAUCUUUUGUCCUUCAAUUACCGAUGGCUCUAUUGGUGAUAUGUUAUUUUUCCAUACUUUCAAAGCGUCUCCAAACCAGCUAAGGGUAGAUGUCGUGGGCGACAUCAGAAGGAUAAAUUCUUUGUCCAUGGAGGCUUCAAAAGCCGGUAUGAUCAUUCUCGGUGGUGGUUUAAUCAAACAUCACAUCGCCAAUGCUUGUUUAAUGAGAAAUGGGGCUGACUUUGCAGUUUAUAUAAACACUGGUCAAGAAUUUGAUGGCUCUGAUGCUGGGGCAAGACCAGAUGAAGCCAUUUCUUGGGGUAAAAUCAAGGCAGAUGCGCAUUCCGUGAAAGUGUAUGCUGAUGCUACUAUCGUAUUUCCAUUAGUAGUGGCAGCUACUUUUGCCAGCGGUAAAAAUAUCAAGUACAAAAACUAA